AUGGAUGCACGAAAGCGCAAGAAGAAAAGCGAAGCAGAUAACAAUAACCAUUGGAAACACAAAGUGCGCCCAAGUGGUGACUACUACUCUAAGGUAAAACCCAAUAGCGAGGGAAGUACAGCAAAGGGGAGUAAUAAUGAUGGUGUAGCAUAUGACGUACCAAUGAGGUGGAUGGACAUAGAGGGACGUUCCUGGAUGAUAGGCGAUGCAGGGCGCUUAAGCGCAAUAAAGCACGCAAGUGCGACAGGAAAGUCAGUGCGAAAAAAUGCAGUCCCAUGGGAAACCACUCAUUGCGCGAAGAUUCUUGGGAUUGUUCAGCCCGGGGUCAAGCCUGAGUAUUAUCAGGGCAAAUCAGUUGUAACGAGUGAAGGAGAAUAUGCACACUUGGAUAGUCAUGUUAUUUUCCGACAACCAGUGGACAGGAAGUUGUGUAUUGGACGUAUUCGCGAGAUUCUUGUAUCAUCCCAGGACGGUCAGACUGCAGAUCAUGUCACACUCCAGCUCUUCACAUUUGCAGCUGCUCUGCACCCAUCUCUCCACCUACCAUGCAUUGAUCUUACUGAUAAUGAGAUGGUUUCAACUGGUAUAGACAUCAUUUGUGCUGUCAAUAUCCAACAUAAUUGCCUCGAUUCACAGUGCACAGACAUCCAACAACAGCCUCUGAAGUUUGGGCCAUGGCCAUACACCAACUAA